ACGGGCAAACACUGGGGGGAAAGCUCUGGACCCAUCCUGCUCUCCGCUUUUAAUCAGCACGGCCAUCCAGCUUGACGUAAAAACUCCAGGUGGAAGAGUCUCUGCUCCUCGGCUCAUCCAGAGGAGGAAUACCAGGGAAGGAUUCCGCAUGGGAUUAGGUCUUUAACGCGGACGGGAUUAUAUUACCUCCUCAGGUUGAAGAGCAAUUAAAGAACAUCUGGCUGAGCUGCUGAACCAGCGCAUCAUUCAUCAUGAUCAGAUCCAUUACCGUCAUCUUCUACGCGUUCCUCUUGUCUUGGGCAUGCUGGGCCAAGCCUAAUGGAUCAAAGAGCAAGAAACCAAAGCAAGUUGUUCCAGAUAUAGAGUGUGACGUCCGAGCGGGGAAGAUCAACCUCCCAGAGUUUAUUGCCAGGUGUCCGGCACACUGUAAGGAGAGCAAACAGCAGGUCUACGGGACGGGCGUGUUCGCCUCCAUCUCCAGCAUCUGCAAUGCCGCCAUCCACAGUGGCGUCAUCACCAACGCCGGGGGGAAAGUCAUUGUCAGGAAGAUGGCUGGGCAGAACGUCUACAAAGGGAGCAACUCUAACGGGGUGCGAUCUCUGUCCCUACCCAAGUGGAGGGAGUCGUUUGUGGUCUCAGUCGGGAAACCUAAGAAAGGAGUCAUCUACCCAUCCACUCUGGACUAUGUUCCUUCAAGACCAACCUAUGUGAAGACAGGUCAAAAAGAUGCUAAAUCAGCCUUCGUCAACACGCCGCAGCCAACGACGACGACAGCGCCCGAAGUCACCACCACGACCCCUGAACCAACAACCACGACAACUACCACCACCACCACCACUGUACCUCCGCCACCCACGACCGCCAAAGCCCGGGCCGCGGCCCACAAAAUCAGGGAUGCAGGCAGCAGUCACCCGUACCUCGCCCAUGUGGCCGCCACAAGUUCAAGACAGUCUCAGAGUGCCCAAGGAAAGAGUCCCAGCCAAGUGUUCAGAGGUAGCUCCUACCCAAACAGGUAUCCACACCGUACCAGUCCAGGUGUGCGCCGGCCGGAGGCGGGCUCAGCCAUCAGGAGGCAACCUUCCCCUCCAGUCGGCCCAGCUUUCAACAGGGCUCCACCCGAGCGGACGGCGACAACCAGCCAGUCGAACUCUGCUUUCCCCAGAAGGGACUGGCCACCUUCUUCUUACCCUCGCCCUGAUUGGUUCCCAGGAGCACGACGACCUGCAGAUGUUAGUUAUGCAGUUCCAGACUCAGGAUAUGCAUGGAGUGAGACGGACACACCUGAGAUUCCAGCUCGGGAUCUCAGGCCUGAUAUCUCAGAAUAUGAACGAUGGCUUUAUAGCUUUGGACCAUACCCCCCUCGAUCCACUGACUUAGAUGGCAGCCAUAAAAUGCCCCUGGAUUUACCCCAUGCUAAAGUGGAGCCAGUAGAUGCCUGGAAACCAGAAGCUAAGCCUUAUGAAUCAGGGUUUAGCAUGAGAGAACAAGAACCACCACCCAGAGCACCUGAACUUCCUGCACCACAGGGAGAUCCAAACUGUAAGGUCGAUCUUGCCUUCCUGAUGGAUGGCAGCUGGAGCAUUGGGAAGCGGCGCUUUAAGAUCCAGAAGGACUUUCUGGCUGAGGUGGCUCAGGUCAUCAACGUUGGCAUGGCUGGACCAAUGAUGGGCAUCAUCCAAUACGGCGACGAGCCUGUGACAGAGAUCAGUCUGAGAACGUACUCCAGCUCCAGGGAUGUGAAGUCGGCCAUAGAUAAGAUCGUCCAGAAGGGCGGCCUGUCCAACGUGGGAAAGGCCCUCUCCUACAUCAACAAGCAGUACUUCAGCGAUGCCAAUGGAAACCGCGGUGGCGCUCCCAACGUAGCCGUGGUGCUUGUGGACGGCUGGCCCACGGACAAGGUGGAGGAGGCUUCUCGACUUGCCCGAGAAUCUGGCAUCAACAUCUUCUUCGUCACCAUCGAGGGCCCUGAUGAGAACGAGAAACAAAACCUAGUCGAGGCCAACUUUGUCGACAAGGCUGUGUGCCGGACAAACGGCUUCUACUCCCUCCCUGUGAACAGCUGGUUUGCUCUGAGAAAGGCGGUGCAGCCGCUGGUGAAGCGGGUGUGCGACACAGACCGCCUGGUGUGCAGCAAGACUUGCCUCAACGCCAACGACAUCGCCUUUGUGAUCGACGGCUCCAGCAGCGUGGGGACGGGUAACUUCCGCACGGUUCUCCAGUUUGUGGCCAACGUCACUCGGGAGUUUGAGAUCUCGGACACGGACACGCGGGUGGGAGCCGUGCAGUACACCUAUGAGCAGAGGCUGGAGUUCGCCUUCGGGCAGUACAACAACAAGGCCGAGCUGCUUAACGCCAUCAAGCGCAUCAACUACUGGAGCGGCGGGACCAGCACCGGGGCCGCCAUUACCUUCGCAGCCGAGCAGCUCUUCAGCAAGUCCAAACCCAACAAACGCAAGAUCAUGAUCGUUAUCACGGACGGACGUUCUUAUGACGACGUCAGGGCGCCUGCGCUGGCUGUCCACCGCCAAGGUGUGAUCGCCUACUCCAUCGGCAUUGCCUGGGCCGCCCAGGAUGAGCUGGAGUACAUCGCCACAGACCCCGACAAAGAGCACUCCUUCUUCGUAGACGAAUUCGACAACCUCUACAAAUACGUCCCCAAGAUUAUCCACAACAUCUGCCAGGAGUUCAACUCGCAGCCCAGAAACUGAGCUCCUACGUGUGAAUGUGAGGGAGGUGUCGAGAUGAUGCGUGUUGGAUCAGGGCCGUCUUUACCAGAACGCUGACCGUAAACGUUCUCGCCCUGCGGCCCCACAGGUGUCGCUGGGUGGGCUGCGAGGCCACACGGACGUAGACGGAAGGGUUAGAAUUUACACUUCCACUGAAAAGUUCACACACACUCAUCAUGGGUAUGAAUGUCAUCUAAAUAUGGGUCUUCUAAAUGAGUUUUAGCAGCCAGAGUUUCAGAGUGAAGUGAUUUUACAGCCAUAACUUCACUGAUUUUCAAAAAUAAGAACUGGAUUGAUGUGUUUGGAUUUACUGUGGAUUUCCCCGUGGACCGCAUUUGAAAUUGGUCG